UAACAAACCGCAAACACUGCUGCGGAUGUUGGCGAUUCUGGGUAUUCUAAGCGAUCGUUCAGUUACUAUUCGAACAGCACAAUGAAAGCAAGCUCUUGUCUGGCCUACCUUAUCCUUAACGCUUUACUGUGGCAUGGAGCCGUGGCGGAGGAAGAAGAUUCGGAAACGAAUGUUUACAAAACCGGAACUUAUAAAUAUUUCAUAGAACCCAAGAAUCAAUAUACCUGGCAGCAAGCCUUGGACGAGUGUAAGAAGAAGAAAAUGAGCCUGGUGACCAUUGAUAGCGAAGAAAAGGCCAAUGAUGUGAAAACUGUUUUGAAUGAAGCUUUUCUGUUCCUCAAGAAACCCAUACCCCGUCUGUAUAUCGGUGCCAAUGAUCUGGAUGAGUUCCGUGAAUUUAUAUGGAUCUCCAAGGGUGAUGUCUUCAGAUAUACCAAUUGGGAAAAAGGAGAACCGAAUAAUUAUAAGAAAUUAAAUGAACGCUGUGUCCAUAUCGGUUUCCAUGGCGAUGAGAAAUGGAAUGACAUUAACUGUAGUCGAAAAUAUGGCUUCAUUUGUGAACAAGUGCUGGGCGUCGAAGAGCUGUCCGAAUUGGUGGUGAAGGCUUAAUUCUUAAUAUCUAAGGUUAUUGUGGAACAAAAGUGUAAAAUUAAGGCAAUAAAAGGGGAAUGAUAAAAAUUCAAACUCAA